AUGGCUAUGGUUCUGUCCUCAGAGGACAAUGACCUCUUUUCAUCCUCAUCUUUGAGGAGAUCCCAUUCUCAAUCCAAAUUUAUGUCAAAUCCGACACAGGGCUUUCACGGCUCGAGUUCAACAUCUAGAAUACACGAUGCGUCAUACGAAUCGUACCACGAAGUUUACCAUCGUCAAACUACUCACAUAGUACCUAACCCUAGCCCAUCAUCGGCCCCAUCAUCCCCACGUACGCUUCAGCCUGAAUCUAGCAGCCCAUCGUAUUCUUCUACGCCAGCUACUAGCCUAUCCUUAGACGACCAAUGCGACGAUGACAUUCAGAUCGGGUCCGAUGAUGAACAUAUGGUGAUUUCUGAAUAUGACCACAAUCCCUACUUCGGCCCCCUUGAGGAUUUGAUCGAAGAUUUAGAGCCGCCUCCAAGUCCCCGAACGGGCGAUUCGUAUACCGUAUCACCUACGGAAAAUGACACUUCAACCACCGCUUCGCACCCAGAGUCCCCAGGCAGUUUGGACCGUGCCGAGGACGACACUGCCGUCGAGCAUCAUCCUACUCAACAUGUCGACUACCUGUCACACGAUUGGAGGGAAGAAGACAUUUGGUCAUCAUGGCGUUAUAUAGUCUCCAAGAGAGGAGAAUACACGAACGGAAUUCGGCUCGAGAAUGCAUCAUGGAGAACUUGGAUGAAAGCCAAGUACAGGUUAAAAACAGUGACCCCGGAGACACUCAAUUGGCUCAAAGAUUGCGAUGUGACUUGGUUAUAUGGGCCUCUGCAAAAAAGGCACGGGGAGCUAUUCUCCAACGAUCUCGACCAUGGAAGCUCGACACUAUCGAGAUGCGACUCAUUCGUUAGCAAGAAGCCUAUUCUCAAAAAGAGAAGCAUGUCAGAGAUAAUGCUCCAACGGUCACUGUCUUCGUCAUCCCUACUAAAACAGGCAACUGCUGUGGUUCAAGCUCAGCAAAAAGAUGGUGCCCCUCGCGUUGGUCGACCGAUUCUGCAUCGUGCCACCACGGACUAUGUUACCUUUCCUUUCUCGUCGAGAAGAAAAAGCCACGAGAAUACGAGCAUACUAGCUUCCAGAAACUCGUCUGGCAUUGUAUCACCCUCCUCGGAGCGGAAGCAUAUUCACUUUGACGAGCAGGUCCAACAAUGCAUCGCAGUUGAGGUCAAAGGUGACGAAGACGAAGACGACCUAGACCCCUAUCGCUGGAGGUUUGGUGACGACAGUGACUCGGACGACAGCGCCAUAAUGAUGAAGAAAACUAAGACAUCGAAGAAACCUGUUCUUCCACGCAAAAGAUCACCGGUAAAUACACCCGUCGAGAGUAAGACGAUUGCGAUGCUACCUUCGACGACCUUGAAGUAUAGAGAAGAUUCCCCGGCACCCGAGACUGCGAUGAAACACAGCACUGGGACUAUGAGGAGUCCGGUAAUAUCACCAUCCUCUUCGCAAGAGACGUUACGACCAUCUAAAUCUUUGGGGACUUAUUUUGAAGAUACCGAGGUCACAGAUACACCAGUCUCCAGUCCGGUGGAUGGGGUAUCACACUUCAAGCAACCCGGUCUUCAACGAUCAGCGGCUACGAAUAAUCUAAAUCCCGAACCCGCUGGUAUGCGUCGAACGGAAAGUGGUAUGUUUAUGCCCUUCGAAGACGGUGAUGUUCAACCUAACGAGGGGAUUCUUGGGCGGGUAAUAGACACAGUCAACACAGCUCGGGACAUUGCGCAUGUCAUUUGGAAUGUUGGGUGGAGAAAAUAA